UAGACAUACGCAUGCGCGAGUUCCAGACCCACUCAAGGAAGGAAAUUGAACAUCUAGCAUUUGUAUUAACAUAAUCUAGGCUGAAAAUUACAACACUAGUAGUGUGUGUGUGUGAGAGAGUGUGAUGGUACAUGUAAGAGAGUAUAGUAGUGUGUGUGUGUGUGUGUGUGUGUGUGUGUGUGAGAGAGAGAGUAUGAUGGUACAUGUGUAAUGGGGUUCAUUCUUAAUAAAAGCUUUAGUUAAAACAGGAUAAUUUUAGCAGUGUUACUUUCCCAGUUAUGUUUAUAUGUCAUUGUAGAUAUAAGAUCACAGCUCUAAUUUACCUGACAGAACGGCGAUGCCUAUAGGACGCGGGGAGUCGGCGAAGUUUAUUUAGGGACACCGUAGGAGCUCUCUCCCUCUUUCUCUCUCUCCACUGCUGGUCCUGUAAGGAAAUUUAGCGGGGGCGCAGCAGGUGUGGACGCCAAUUGUUUGUUGUGGAUGUUUUACAUAAAGCACAUACCGCCUGAACCGUGUAAACUGAUGACGUCAGACAAGCGCAGAGGAGCCGCACAGCUGUGUGAGUGGCUUUGUGGUGACGGUCGCUUGUUUUCACACAAGGAAGUGGAGGACGUGUCGCGCAGCUGAGAGCAGGAACUAACACGAAUCGUCGAGUUUUUCCGUUCGAGCAACUUCUUCUGGAAUGGAGAUUAAUGGAUGCAUAACCACCAUGUCAGCAUGUAACACAUCAAUCUCUUCAGCGUGAGCUCACAUAAGCCAAUUGUCAAAACGUCAGUCCAAAUAUGGCCCCUGUUCCUCCUGGGAUCCGCCUGUUGGUGUCCUUUGACAGGAACCAGUGGUACAGAGCCCUCACCUUUAUCCUCACCUUUCUGCUCUAUACCAGCUUCCACCUCUCCAGGAAACCCAUUAGCAUCAUCAAGAGUGAACUCCAUAAGAACUGCUCAUCUGUCAGUGAGAUGUCCACAGCUGCCUCCAGCAGCAGCCAGCAGGCCUCUCUGCCAUCUCUACACAACGACAUGGACUGUAGCUGGAAGCCUUUUGAUAAAAGCAACUACAAACAGCUGCUGGGAGCCAUGGACUACUCUUUCCUCUGUGCCUAUGCUGUUGGAAUGUACCUCAGUGGCAUCAUCGGAGAGCGUUUGCCCAUUCGACUUUACCUGACUGUGGGAAUGCUGGCCAGUGGCCUGUUCACCUGCCUGUUUGGACUGGGUUAUGUAUACAACAUCCACAGCCUGGGCUUCUAUGUUUCUAUCCAGGUGGCUAACGGAUUGGUCCAAACCACUGGCUGGCCUAGUGUGGUGACCUGCAUUGGCAACUGGUUUGGAAAGGGAAGGCGUGGACUUAUCAUGGGCUUGUGGAACUCCCACACCUCAGUGGGCAACAUCCUGGGCUCUCUGAUUGCUGGCUAUUGGGUCUCCUCCAACUGGGGCCUGUCGUUCAUUGUACCAGGGAUAAUUAUUGCAACCAUGGGUGUUGUCUGCUUCUUCUUUCUCAUUGAGCACCCAAAUGACCUAAAAAGCGUGUAUGCUCAAAAUUCUCCCCCUGGCAAGAGUCAGCUUGGAGUAAAUGGACACAGUGAGGUGUAUCGGCAACACAUGAACAACAAAUCCCAGAGCUACGACACAGAACUGCUGUUGCCCAGGGACAGAGUGUGUGUCCCUGUGCAACCAGUCGUAGUGGUUAAGAGCGAAUCAGAACCAUCUGCCAUCAGCUUCAUGGGAGCCCUACAAAUACCGGGGGUGAUCGAUUUCUCUCUGUGUCUGCUUUUUGCCAAACUGGUCAGUUACACCUUUCUCUUCUGGCUGCCGCUCUACAUCACGAAAGCAGCUCACCUGGAUGCCAAGGAGGCUGGAGAUCUCUCCACCUUGUUUGAUGUGGGAGGAAUUGUGGGGGGAAUCUUGGCGGGAGUCAUCUCUGAUAAACUGGGGAAGAGAGCCACCACUUGUGCAGUAAUGUUGUUGCUGGCAGCUCCCACUCUGUAUGGCUUCUCCAUGAUAAGUGAGUUUGGUCUGGGGCCAACCAUCGGCAUGCUGCUAGUGUGUGGAGGUCUAGUCAAUGGACCAUACGCCCUCAUCACAACUGCAGUAUCUGCUGAUUUGGGGACCCAUAAGAGCCUGAAAGGCAACGCCAGAGCACUGUCGACUGUCACUGCCAUCAUUGAUGGCACAGGAUCUGUAGGUGCAGCACUGGGCCCCCUGCUGGCUGGCCUAUUGUCUUCAGGGGGGUGGGAUCAGGUCUUCUACAUGCUGAUGACAGCUGACUUCCUUGCUCUGUUGCUUUUGCUACGGCUUGUGAAAAAGGAGCUUCACUCAACUAAAUCCCGUCCCAUUUCCAUUGUACAGUUGAAGGAGCAUUGAGCAACCAACAUGAAUGUAUGUGUACAUACAUUCACAAAACUGUGUGAACCUACAGAGGUUUGCUGUAAACAAGAGGGUCCUUGUGUCCACGAGGAAGAGCUGAAGCAGAAGUUCUGCCAGAUGAACCAGACAGAAAUGCACACUUAUUCAACUUCCUUGUCUUUUUUUUUUUUUUUUUUUACCUCUUUCUCUUUUGACCUGUUGCUAUGGUAGCCAAUAUGAACUUGAGCACACCAGUUGUUCAAUCUAAACAAAUGAUUGGCAGAUUCUGGAUGUAAAAGUAGCCUUACGUUCAAAUGUCUAUUAGAACUACAGAGAAACUAAAAGUGACAUUUAUUUUGGUAGCAGUCAUUUAUACAGCAAAUUCCAUUACUUUAUUCUAAUAAAUCCUACUAUACUUAUUGACAGACGCUUCCUAUUCUUGUACUUAUGAGUCCCCCAAGCCCUGACCUAAUUAUAACAUCUGUAACUAACCAGUCUAUUUCAUAUCAAAGCUAUUAUUUCCAAGGGACCAUAUAUCACCUAAACACAGCCUCACAGUGGCAUCUACCGCAGGGUCAGAUCAGCCACAUAUCUGAUUUUUGAAGAACUCAAACAGGUCUGGUGUUGUCACUGACACCUUGAAAUAUAAGGCAAGCAAAACAGAACUGGCAAGGGGGUUGCGAAUGAGCUUCAGUUGAGAUUCAGUUUGGUUUUCCACACCCCAAAAAAUGGUAACAGAAAAAUAUCCACAAAUUGGCAUGACUGCAGGUUGUUAUACUACUAAGAACAAAAAGCAACUUAAAAAAUAAUGUAUCUCUUCAGUUGUUAUUUAUUCAUCAUUUUAACUCCUAUAGCCUCUUCCGUGCUGCUAAACUUUAGUGGGACAGAUGCACUCUCACUAGUGAUUAAUUGGAUAAUGAAGACAAACUAAAAUGCCAUGUUGUGAUACACCUGCUUGAAUUUUUGGGGAAACCCUGCAGCUUAACUCCUGUAAUUAGCUGCUACAGACCAAGAGCCAUCUACAAAGAUAGUUUCUGUUAUAUCAGUGAGGUGCGACAGUGACACCAAAUGAAACCGUGACUAAUUGGAAGACUAAAAAGUUAGCCACCUUACCUCUAGGCUAACUAAGGAAUACAUCUUGUGUUUCCAGGGUAACCGUUAGUGACACCUGUUGACUAGUGGUGCCAGUAAAUGAUAACAAUGCUCAUGAUCACAGGUUUGUUUACAGUGUUUUGGAGCAAGUGGUGAGAUUGGAAGUGCAGUAACAUGUUGGAAAUAUACAACAGUAAAGUAAACUGUCCUGAGCCUGGAAGAUGGGUCCUGCCACAGCAAGACUGAACUGCACUAAGAUUUGAUGCUACUUGAAGUUUUUUUGUUUUUGUAUUGUCCUUGUAACUUUUGAAUUCUUCCAGAAGGUAAAUGUUUUCUGCGGAUUGAACUUUGUAAGGUUGGUGUGUUGGUCACUCUUGUUUUCUUAUGAAUUUAGAUAAAUGUCUGAAAAGUAACUGUUGGUUUGAUCUUAUUUAAGUAUCUUUUGUCACAAUGUGACCCAGAACCCCUGUGGACUAUUGCAGCCCAUUUGUUCCCGAUAUUAUUUGUAAAAGUUGUCAGAUAUGGUCUGUCAAAAUCAUGCCCAGCCAAGUCCAGCCAAAGUGAAAAUUAUAAUUUUUUUCAGUCCCUAUCACAAAAGAAAUACAAUAGCCCUUAAAGGGUCAGUCCACCCAAAUUGUGAACAUUUUAUAUAUAGUUGUAUAUAUCCAUUCAGGUAGAUUUAGUUUUAUUUGUCCCGGUUUUGAGAUCUAUCUGAAAGCUCUGUCUCUCUGCUACUACAAGUGAGGUGAAUGUAAAUCAUUUCCAUUGCACAAGGAUGACAAAUAACCAAAAAGACAGUUAAAUAGAAAAAUUGUAAGUCCUCAACUUACACAAAUACUCUCUGUGGACAAAUAUGGUUGUCAGGGUGGAGUACCUGUGUGAUGCUCUAUGAGGGCACAUAGUCUUGCUUAAGUCACCUUGUCUUACUUAACCAAAGAUUUUAUGGGAUCAAGUUGUAAUUUAUUCUAGAAACUACUUUAAACAGUCAUUUAACUUAUUUCUGUCAGUUUUGUGGAUUCAAUAUUUUUCCCCCAUUAUUUGUUCUGAACUUAAGGCACCAAAGUUGUAUUUUUACAACUACAUUGUGCUGGUGAGGGGAUCUGAAAUACUAUGAAUGAAAGUUAUCAAAUCUUGUGGAUAUAUUUUGCAGUGUAGAUAAGUAAGGUUAUUAUUUGAAAUACUUCCUCAUAGUUACUGAAUUUAAUUUCAGACUAUGAAAUAGGACUAUCAGUGAAGUUGGCACCUCUUAUUAAAACCUCAUUAAAAAAGUGGUAGCACUGUGGAAAAAAGAAAACAUUUUGAAAAUAGUUAUUGUCUCUUAGUUUUACCAUUUGUUAAUAUAACUACAUUCUGGUGAUUUAUUGUUUGUUUAUUGUAUUAUAAUAAAAUCCACAAAAUACAAACUUGUCAAUGUUAUAUACAUUUAUAUCUUAAACUCUGGGAUCAUUUUGUUUUGUGGCAGUAGUAUUGAGAUUAUUAUGCCUUCCUGAAAAAAACACAUGCUGUGUAUAUUUAUUAUGUCUCUGGUUGGCCUAGGACGUGUGCCUUGUUUGUUGUUAAUCUUUUUGCUAGACAGUUGAUUUUGUAAACAAAAUUGUCAUCACUCUUAAUGAUCUUGGUUUGGGGUGCGUUGAUUUCCAAAGCAUUCUGGGAAACAAAAUAAAGCGUUUUUUUCACUUAA